AUGUCUUCAGGCAUGGAUACCUCCGGCAGGGACCACGCCGUCUCACUGGACCAGAACGACCUCCUGCGGCGCACCCGGGAUGAAUUCGUUAUUCCAACCAAGCAAGAGGUCACCAGCAAGACCCUCGCCAAGAAAGACGAUGGUUCAGGCAAUGCCGAGCGGAAGCAGCAGAAAUGCACUUACCUCUGCGGCAACUCUCUCGGUCUGCAACCCAAGCGAACCGCUGAGAGGAUACAGCAAUAUCUGACCACUUGGGCCACACAAGGCGUCCAGGGGCACUUCAAGCCGUUGGACGACUCGCCCCUGCCGACAUGGCUCAACGUUGAUGCCAGGGCGUCCAAGAUGAUGGCCCCCAUCGUCGGCGCUGACGCAUCUGAGGUCGCCGUCAUGCAGACGUUGACUGCGAACCUCCACUUGCUGAUGUCAGCCUUCUACAAACCGCAAAAGAACGGCAGGCAUAAAAUCAUCUUGGAGAGCAAGGCCUUUCCCAGCGAUCACUUUGUCGUCGAGACUCAGAUCAGACACCACGGCCUCUCCCCGGAAACAUCGAUGGUCUGCAUCGAGCCGCAGGAUGCGACGAAGGACAGCACAAUCAGUACCGAGCACAUCCUCUCCACCAUCGAGGCUCACGCCUCUGAAGCCGCGUUGCUUCUGCUACCGGGUAUCCAGUAUUACACCGGCCAGUUGCUCGACAUCCCGGCCAUCACGGCAUUUGCCCACAGGCAUUCCAUCUUUGUGAUCUGGGACCUUGCGCAUGCCGUGGGCAAUGUGCCCUUGCGCCUGCACGAAUGGGACGUCGACGCGGCGGCGUGGUGCACGUACAAGUACCUCAACGGCGGGCCUGGUUGCAUCGGCGGGGCCUUUGUUCACGACCGGCACUCUCGGGUUACGACAUCCGUCGAGGACCCUGAUUCGGCACGUGGGUACACGAACAGGUUUGCCGGGUGGUGGGGCAAUGACAAAUCAUCCCGAUUCAUCAUGGCAACCAAAUUUCACCCGGCGCCCGGCGCGGCGGGUUUCCAGCUAAGUAAUCCCAGCGUCCUCGACAUCACCAGUCUCUGUGCUUCUCUCGAAGUUUUUGAGCUUGCAGGCGGCGUGGCGCCCCUGCGCGAGAAGUCGUUGAGGCUGACGGCAUACCUGGAGAAGUUGCUUGACCAGGCUGUGCCGGCGGAUGUAAAAGAUUUGUACAGGAUCAUCACGCCGCGCAAUCCGGAACAGAGGGGCGCUCAGCUGAGUCUGUUACUUAAUGACGGGUUGCUGGAUGGCGUGAUGGAGUAUUUUGAGGAGGUCGGAGUAAUUAUUGAUGAACGAAAGCCGAACGUUGUUCGUGUUGCACCGGCACCUUUGUAUAAUACGUUUGUAGACUGUUACGACUUUGUUGAGCAGUUUACUAAGGCUCUGCAGAGGGCAAACAAGGGCGUGUAG